GUAACAUCAAAGUCAAAGAGUACGAACGGAAAAAAAACUUGUCAUGACAAGCGUGAGCGAUUACUACCUGUCAAACUUGGGGAGUUAUUCAUCAUUGUCGAAACGGAAGAAUCAGAUUAAUCCGACAUCGUGGGAUGACGCUACAAAUACUUUGACUCCUGAGAAUUAAUGGAAAACACACAAUUGCAGUACUUUAAAGAUGGCAUUUAAUGUGACUGUUAACACUGGAUUCGACGAGACAAUUCCUGUCGACAAAAACGCCAUUUUGAGGGCACCCGUGCUGCCUUCUGUAGAAACGAUGAGUUUCAAUUCUACAAUGGGAGUUUCAUUUGAUGAAGUGUCAAACACGAGUGCAAGUGUGUAUACAGAUGUCAUAGAAAUACCCGAAGUGCGAUACAUAAUGUUAGCGUUCCACGCUACUGGAAUAUUAGUCGCUGCUUUGGGGAACGCCAUUGUUUUAUUAAUCAUCUACCGGAAGCGUAGUUUUAGACACAACAAUGCUGCCAUCUAUUUCAUAAUGAAUCUAGCCCUCUGUGAUCUUACCCUGGCACUCAUACAUCAUCCGAUGCGGAUAAUGGACAUGUACUUGGCAUUUGCUAGUGAGAGAAAAACACCCCCGGCUGGAUUAUUCUUCCAUAAUCGAAUCUUCUGCCAGCUAACGGAUUUUUUCUCGAUAUUUACGUGUGCUGUUGGUUUCCACACAAUCGUUGCGAUCAGCCAAGAGAGGUUACUCCUUAUAUGCUAUCCUCUGAAAGCUAAAAUCCUAUGUAGCGUCACCAAUACAAAAAAGGUGAUGAUCUUGAUUUGGAUGACGUCAUUCGCCAUGACAAUCCCCAUACCAAUAUUGUACAGCAACGCAGUAACCAUUCCCUUCAAGGAUGUCAACGUAUCUCUAUGCGUUUGUCUCCAAGAAGAUUCCAACUCAAAUCCAGGGGAUCUAAUUUAUUUCGUGUUGUUAUUUAUAAUAUAUUAUACGUUACCUUUGGUAGUAAUCACCAUAAGUUAUAUCAAGAUAUUCCGUGCUUUGUAUCACACAACUGAAGCUUUAGGUCCGAUAGAUGGCGAGGAAGGAUGCCACAAAACGUUAAAAACUCGACAUUCAUUGGCUAAGAUGAUGCUAACGGUGGCUGUUGCAUUUGCCGUGUGCUGGGGACCAACGUUUGGGACAUUUUUGUUCAUGACACUCGGAGGUUCAAUCAAGAAACAUGGAAUAUUUCUUAUCAACUUUGUUGAGUUGCUACCUCUUUUAAACUCGGCGUUACAUCCAUUUAUCUAUACUCUAAACUCUCGCGCCAUGAGGCGUGGUUUCAAGACGUUCAUUUGUUUCAGAAGACGAUAUAGUUUUGAUGAUCAUAGCAUGACAUCUGGUGGAGGAACAACGUACAUGUAUAGAGGGAGUAACCAGUUCUCUAGUUUUGUACAUAGACAAGCCUCAACUACAUUUUCAAACGGAAGUGCGUCAUCAUCGUUGCUAUCUCCGCGAAGACGAUCCAUGGGAUACUCGCUGAAGGAGUACGACAAUGGAAACAAAGCAUCGAUGAGAACAUCGAACACUUACAACAUAAGACGAUCUUCAACUCCAGCAGUUGUAGUGUUUGCAUCUAAUGGCAGGAAACAAAACGGGGCAACUGACCAUCUUUAGACAAAGUAGAGAAAUUGAUAAUCUAACGUCUACACAGGCGCAAUUAACGUACACAAGUGAAAAGAUCCGGAGUAUACACCGGGUACAUGUAGCUCCGCCAACUAUAUUAAACUAGGCAUUAACGUUACGUUGUUAAUCACGACAUAUGUGCACAUAAGGGGACAUUACGAAAAUCUUUUGAUUGGUCCAUCAGAAUAAAUUGAUUGAGAGAUAAACCAUUAAUGAGUGCAUCGAAAAACAGACAAUUGCAAGCGUUU